ACACGACACUUCCGCCCCAGUAAAAUCGAACCAGUGAGGGGCCUCGGAAGCUACAGAGGCUAGUACUACCCGGGUCGUGGUAAACAACUUCAUUCUCUUCAGUGAGUGAGAGUCAGAAUGUAAAGCUAAAGACAGGGAUGACGAGAUCUUUGUCUGGUGCAAUUUGAUAACGGCCGUCAAAUGGGUUUUAAAUGGGACCUUUAAAGGAAGAAUCAAGGGCCCUGCUAUUACUUACAAUCGUCAGGGGAUUCCAGGGGGACCAUGUCAACUCUGCCGUGUCAUCGACCCAAUACAAUUUUCUUUCUAUUUGACUCAAAACACCAACAUCCUCUACCGACUCAGUUAACGCUAGUGAUGGUGAGCAUCUGCAGCGGCUAAAGGCAUGGCAGACAAUCUACGACACCAGAGGCCUCGAGCUCCAGAAUCAGAUGCUGGCAGAGCACAAGGGUUCGCGAGAUAAACAUAGAGGCAGUGCAAAGAUAAGCCAACGCAAAAGCCAUUAUCCCUUAUUUUCUCACUUUUAUUGGGCCUUGCUUGCAGCCCGAAGCUGUUUUUUACUGGAUGAAGUGUGUAUAUUAUAGUGUAAGUGGUGUCAGCUAUUGAACGCAGUGACUGCACUUUUAAACUUACUCUUGUGAAUUCAGCCAGCUCAUCAACAAAACACAAUGGCAUCUGAUGACCACAAGGAGACAGAGAAUGACCUGUCAGAACCCCUUCAAGCGGAUGAUGAGUUAUUGAGUCAGUAUGAGGAGGAGGACCCUGCUAGCACUAACUUCAAAUCCAAAAGUUUACCUGCUCUGAAUGACUCAGGCCAGCAAAGCAAGUCCUUGUUGGCCAAGUCUAUGCAGCAGCAGGUGUCAAUAACGGAGGAAAAGUGUGCUGAAUUAAUCCAACUCCCACAGAGGAUCAACCUGAACCAACCUCUACCUGAAUCCUCCACUAGGACUAAUGUUAACUAUUCCCCUUCCAGUUCUAGUGUGGUGGGGUUGAGUAGUUCAUUUAACACGGAGACACAGGUGAGCAAGCCCAGGAGUAAAAACCCAACGAGGCAAGGCUUCCUCACCUCGAGGUUACCCCUGAUGCAUUUACCCACUAGGAAAUACAUUAAUGCAAUUCUCGAAGACUCUCGCUGUUUUUUAUUUUGCAUGUGCUACCUGACAUUCAUCCAGUCACUGAUGGUGUCUGGCUACCUUAGCAGUGUCAUCACCACCAUAGAGAAGAGGUACAGCCUCCGGAGCUCUGAGUCCGGCCUGCUCGUCAGCUGCUUUGACAUAGGCAGUCUGCUGGUGGUGGUCUUCAUCAGUUACUUCGGAGGCCGAGGGCAGAGGCCCAGGUGGUUGGCCGUGGGUGCGGUGUUCAUAGCCGUCGGAGCAGCACUCUUCUCCUUGCCUCACUUCAUCUCCCCUCCGUACCAAAUCCUGGAGGUGAACUCGUCCCGGGGCAACGAGGGCCUGUGUAUGAACAACAACGGCAGUGGCAAGGACUUCCUGGAUGUGUCUUGUCCCAGAGACCAGGAGGGUAAUGAGCACAACCUGUACGUGGCCCUGUUCAUCAUUGCACAGAUACUGGUAGGCAUGGGGUCGACGCCCAUCUACACCCUGGGACCCACCUACCUGGACGACAACGUCAAGAAGGAGAAUGCCUCUCUUUAUCUAGCUGUCAUGUACGUGAUGGGAGCCCUGGGUCCGGCUGCUGGGUACCUGAUGGGAGGAGUUCUCAUCGGCUUCUACGUCGACCCCAAGACUAUCGUCAACAUCGAUCAGAGCGACCCCCGCUUCAUUGGCAACUGGUGGAGCGGCUUCCUGCUCUGUUCCAUUGCCAUGCUACUGGUCAUAUUCCCCAUGUUCGCCUUCCCCAAGAAGCUGCCUCCCAGAAACAAGAAGAAGAAGAAGAGGAAAAAGAUCACCCUGGACAACGUGUCCAGCGAUGAUGACAUCACCAAGGAGAAGGCCGACAGCAAGAGUCAGAAGGUUACAUCAUCCAUGGGCUUUGGGAAAGACAUUAAAGAGCUGCCUAAGGCUGCAGUGAGGAUCCUGAGUAAUGUCACCUUCCUGUUUGUGAGCCUGUCCUACACAGCAGAGAGCGCCAUCGUCACCGCCUUCAUCACCUUCAUACCCAAGUUCAUCGAGUCACAGUUUGGCAUCCCGGCAUCCAGCGCUAGUAUCUACACAGGUGUGAUCAUCGUGCCCAGUGCUGGGGUGGGUAUAGUCCUGGGGGGCUACAUAAUUAAGAAGCUGAAGCUGGGAGCCAGAGAGUCAGCCAAGCUGGCCAUGAUCUGUAGUGGGGUAUCUCUUCUCUGCUUCUCUACUCUGUUCAUAGUGGGCUGUGAGAGCAUCAACCUAGGAGGCAUCAACAUACCAUACACCACUGGUCCUACUCUGACUAUGACCCAUCGUAACCUGACUGGAGGGUGUAAUGUGAACUGUGGCUGUAAGAUCCAUGAGUACGCUCCAGUCUGUGGCUCAGACGGAAUCACCUACUUCAACCCCUGCCUGGCAGGCUGCAGCAGUGUGGGCAACGACAGCACAGGAAUCAGGAACUACUCUGACUGUGCGUGUGUCCAGAGCAGGCAGGUCAUCACCCCCUCCUCUAACGGCCAAGUCAACCAGCUGCAGCUGGUCAUCGUCAAGACCUACCUGAACGAGAACGGCCAUGCCGUGUCGGGGAAGUGUGACCGCACCUGCAGCACCCUCAUUCCCUUCCUCAUCUUCCUCUUCAUCGUCACACUCAUCACGGCCUGCGCUCAGCCCUCUGCCAUCAUUGUCACUCUUAGGUCCGUAGAAGAGCAGGAGAGACCCUUUGCACUCGGAAUGCAGUUUGUUCUCCUCAGGACCCUUGCCUACAUACCUACUCCCAUCUAUUUUGGGGCGGUGAUCGACACAACCUGUAUGCUGUGGCAGCAGGACUGUGGUGUCCACGGCUCCUGCUGGGAGUACGAUGUCACUUCUUUCCGCUUCGUCUACUUCGGCCUGGCCGCCAGCCUCAAGUUCAUUGGCUUCAUCUUCAUCUUUCUCACCUGGUACUCCAUCAAGUACAAGGAAGAGCGUCUGGAGCGCUGGCUGAAACACCUCUCGCCCAUGGACACGGUGAGCGACCUCAUCUGCCAUGCCGGGGGACACAAGGGACACGCCCGUACCCGCUCCUGUCCUGUUAAUAUACCACGCAACGAACCUCCCAUCAUCCCCGUCCUCAACAGGGGCCUCAGCAGCCAGAGCUGCCCGGGGAACAGCCUGAAGAGCCUGAAAGCAACAACCCCGCCGGCCCCUCGGCCUCCCGCUCGCUCUCUGGAACAGGUGUCUGCCCGCGUCUGAGGGCAACUCCUACCGCCCUGCCAUCCACAGUCUCUGCAAUGUCUGCCUUUCGUAUGGUAUUAUAGGAUACGUUCACACACACACGCACAAGACGUCACUCAGACAGGCAGCGGUUGGUCAACAUGUAUACAGGAAGACACUGGGAUGGAUACCCCAGUUAGCAAAUCUUUCCUCUACCUAGUAUGUUGGUGUCCUUUUCUCUUUGGUUUGUUUCGGUCAUGGGAGAGAAUGCAUAUCAUCUCUUUAGAAAAGUGCACCUUCGAUACUUCUCGAGAACGAUCAUAGUGAUGGUAUUGUUGCGUGGCGCUAGGUGAAAAUGACAUGAAUAAUAUCCUCCAUUGCUCAGUUUUAGUGUUCAUUCUAAGACCUCAGCAUGACGAGGUGACUGAGCUAAGCAGCUUGGCCAGCGAGCAUAAACUAAAUCCUCUACUAUGCAAGGUCAUUUUCUUUUCCCCUAUUAUUUAAUGGCAAGCUGUAUUAAAAGCACACAUUGAGCAUUGCCUUCCCUUUCCAUACAAUCUGGAAAUGUCAUUCAGUAUCGCCCCAGACCUGCGUGUAAUGAUGAGUGGUUGACUUGGAAAAGAUGUGUCUGGAUACGUUUGGAAUUGGAAUCAUUUCUCCAUGGUUACCUCAUAGACAGGCCCACAAAUAUAUCCCUCGCCUUAGUUCUAUUUCAGACACACUCGGGCUGCAUCCUAAAUGGUACUCUAUUCUCUAUAUACAUGCAGUGCUAUACAUUUGACAAUGGCCGAUAGGUCUUUGGUCCAAAGUAGUGAACUACAUGGGGAAUAGGGUGCCAUUUGGGGCACAGGCUAAGUGCACUCAUGAUGACCCCCCUCAGUGUUGCUUCGUGUGCCAUGGGCUUUACAGAACGAAGGCAUCUUUUGCUUACCGAUCUCUUAUUAACAUGUCUUGUUUCAGACAAAAAUCCUAAUUGAAAUGUUUACGUCCCAAAUGGUACCUUAUUCCCUUUAUAGUGUGCCACUUUUGACCAGGGCAAGAGUAGUGCGCUACAUAGGGAAUAAGGUGCCGUUUGGCACACAUACAAUGUUUUAACCAACCAGACUCCCUGCUGGCUCUGUGGUGGAGCAGAACCAGACCCCCUGCUGGCUCUGUGGUGGAGCAGAACCAGACCCCCUGCUGGUGCAAAGAGACUCUGCUGUGCUUCCCAUGAUUAGCUAAUCCACACAAACCAACCACUAUUUCACAUUCGUUAGUCAGUAGUUUAGUAAGUAGCCUCUGUCACCGGCUUUCACCUUACCUUCGAGCGAAGACUAGGAGUCUGGCCAGUAGUUUAGAUUAGCUUAUUAGGUCUGUAACUGGAUGCCUAGAUUAUUUGAUUUACAAACAGCAGGGCCACUUCUCCUAUGUAUUGUGUAACCGAUAAUAAUUAUUAUAAUGUCCAACUACUCACUAUGUCUACGAUAGAGCAUGUCCUACUGAACAACUGUCAAAGUGAUAUCAAUCAUGGCUGCUGAGGUUGUUUGUUUUGCCUUUUGGUGAAGUUUCUUUUGUAUUUGUAUUGUAUAUUUGUGUUAAUUCAAAGGAAAUCAGACUAAUUUCUUAAGCAGUGCUAAAUCAAGUUUAGGGCUGGGAGUUACUAACUCCCACAGCUCCGUAAUCAAUACAAUUACAUGGACAGAGGCGACCUGAUUCUAGAUCAGCACUACUUCUCGGAGACUAGUGAUACAAGCUACCUCUAGCUUGUAUCACUAGCAGCAAGAUCGUUGAAACAAGUAGUUAAUGGGUGUAACAUGCAAUAUUGAAGUACAUAUUGCUGUUGGUUUUACAGGGUGGUUGAGGACACCUGCUAGUCAGAUGUGGUAAGCAAUAUUGUAGAAAUACUCAAAUGAAGCUGAUGUGUUUCCCCAAGUGAAAUAACUAGACAAUUAUUUGGUGGAAUAAUCUCAAUUUUCAGUUUAUUUUAGCAUUUAAAUAUUAGAAGCUAAAAUUAUGCUUUUCUAUGCAUCUAUGUUGAAUUUGGGCAGGUGGAAUAGCACUGAGCCUGUAAACAACACAUUUCACUACACCUAUCUGGUGUAUGUGACAAUAAAACAUUAUUUUUUACUUACAUGAUACACUGUGGCUGUUGGUUUAGAGUUAAUAGCUUUAAAACUAUGGGAUAUUAUAACAUGUUACCGUUAGUAUGGAAAGGUACCAUAGCUCUUUAUAGUAAAAUGACUGACAUUGUCAGCUAGAAUAACAGUGUGAUGCAUCCGGUAGUAGUUGUGAUAGACAUAAUUGCUGCAUGUAAUAAUGUUUCAGGACCAGACACUAUUAUUAAUGGGAAUAAGUCACAUAACUCUUAGUCAGACAUUCCAUUCCAUGUGAAAGAAAAAGUAGAAUACGUAGAGUAAUCCAGCUGCAAAUGAAUCACAAUUCUAGCUAGACUACAUUUUGCGACAAGAAUUCUCCUAACUUUAGUGUUAUUGAAUCGAUUAGUGAAAGGCUACAGUAUUAUGUUUCUCAGUGCCUACUUUUCCUACUAAUUGAUUGAAGUUGGGAUGUUGCUGAUUCUGAAAUGCUCUUGACUUCAUGUAAUGGAACUCAAUGAUAAGGCUGACUUUGGACUGUGAAGAAUUUGGCUCUAGGAUUUUUGGUUGACUUGCUGCCAUCAUUAGACCUUUUCAGCCUAUACUGUACCUAAUGUACCAGGAUGUUUGUUGCAGAAUUCUGGUACUCUUGUGAUCCUCACCGUCAAACCUACUGUUCCUCUGGAGCUAGGAGAGAGGAGCUCUCACUCUUACCGCCCUGUGUAGUGCUGUUUAUCAGUCUUUGUAUGUGGCGUAAAAUAAGGAUUUGACCUGGAUGUAAGGACAAUUUCAGGUAGAUUGUAGAUUUAUGUUCUUUUUUCUUUCUUUUUUUUGUUGCAGUAUUAUAUUUAUUUAAUUUGAAAUGACAGUGUUUUAAUUACAAGUUAAUGCCUAUGCUAUAUGGUUGACAUCAUAAGAAAGAAAAUGUACAUUAUUUGUGGACACACUGUUUACAAAUUCCUUCGAUUCUUGACAUCUGUCAAUUAAAAUUCCGAAAAAUAAAUAUUGAAUUGAAUCGCGA